GUCAGUGCCAGCGUAUUCGGCUGCUGGGGUUCCGGCUUUACGGGCUGUUCUCUCGGGUUGUAGGCAGCAUCAACUGCAGGCUGAGGCAUGGGGCUGUCAAUGUCCCUGAGUUCCGAGCCCCUGGAAGGGGGCACCGAGGGAUACCAUGUGCAUGGGAUCCAGGAGAACUCGCCAGCACAGAGUGCGGGACUUGAACCCUUUUUUGAUUUUAUUAUUGCGAUUGGCCACGCGCGACUGAAUAAAGAGAACAGCAUGUUCAAAGACCUCCUGAAAGCCAAUGCGGAGAAGCCCGUGAAGCUGGAGGUGUACAACACUAAGAGCAUGAAAGUGCGGGAGGUGGAAGUUACCCCCAGUAACAUGUGGGGAGGGCAAGGGCUCCUGGGGGCCAGUGUGCGCUUCUGCAGCUUCCAAGGUGCCAACGAGCAUGUGUGGCACGUACUGGAUGUGGAGCCCAAUUCCCCCGCUGCCCUGGCAGGCCUGCAGUCCCACACGGACUACAUAGUUGGGUCGGAUCAGAUUCUACAGGAGUCUGAGGAUUUCUACGCCUUGGUAGAGGCCCAUGAAGGGAAACCACUGAAGCUGCUGGUGUACAACACGGAGACCGACUCUUGCCGAGAGGUGUUUGUGACCCCCAAUAGUGCCUGGGGCGGGGAAGGAAGCUUGGGAUGCGGAAUAGGGUACGGAUAUCUGCACAGGAUCCCAUUGAAGCCUGCAUCGCCAAUAAAAAACACAGAGAUAAUACCCCCUUCCCCUUUAACGCCUAAGGAGGAGCCCUUGGUGCCCCCUACUAACGGAUAUAGGGAGACUUCCCUUAUGGCGGCCGAUGGGCAGACUGAUGCCGCAAGGGAGGCGAUCAACUUACCUGGAAGUACGGAGCAGAUGGACCUUGGGAACCCAGCAGAAAGCUCACUUGUUCUUCCCCCGCCGGUCCAGAGAGUCCUGCACCCAGGGGUUCUAGAUCCCUCCACCUUAUCGAUGCCAGAAAUUCCUGACAUAAAGAAACUGAUUGAUAUGGCAUCACCGGAAUCCAUGGAUCUGGCCGCAGAGCCCGCUGGCACCAAGCAGUUCAUGGGUGCGGAGGAGCUGGAGGCUUUUAUGGGACAAGUCAGCUUCUCAGAAGGUGCAGCUGUAGAUAACUUGGCCAGCCAUCCGGCUGAGGAUAGCCUGCCCGCCCCGGGCAACCCCUUGCCCCCCCAUUGGGGCCUCGAGGAAGUGACAUCAGAAAUGACUUUUGAAAACGAACAGUCACCUGACGUGAGCGACGCAGCAGCGCCCCCUGAAGGCGACUUAACCCCCCCUGAGCAAUUGGUCACACCCAUAGAAGAAGCAAAGGAAGAAUAAACUACAGCCAAUCAAUCGCUUACUCCAAAUAUUAACUCUUUCCCUGCCAGAGUGCCCUGCUCGACGCUGUGCCUCUAGCAGUGACGCAUUUGCAUUUUUAGCAGUUUUUUUUUUUAGAUCUUCAAAUAAGAGCGAUUAAGCUUUUUUUUAAUACAAAGAACUUUGUUUUAA